AUGGCGCAGCUUGGGUUGUGGGUGGUCUUGAUCUUGUGCUUGACAUUUCAAAUUCAACCCAAUUAUGGUUUUUAUCUUCCGGGUAGUUAUCCCCACAAGUAUGGUGUCACAGAUGAGUUGUGGGUGAAAGUGAAUUCCCUCACUUCCAUUGACACAGAGAUGCCCUUUAGCUAUUACAGUUUGCCCUUUUGCGAGCCUGAGGGAGGUAUCAAGGACAGUGCUGAGAACCUUGGGGAACUCCUCAUGGGGGACAGAAUAGAGAACUCUCCUUACAGGUUUAAGAUGUACACCAAUGAAUCUGAGAUUUACUUGUGCGGGGUGGAUGCAUUGUCUGGGGAUCAGUUCAAGAUCUUGAAGGAGAGGAUUGAUGAGAUGUAUCAGGUUAAUUUGAUUCUUGAUAAUUUACCAGCUAUUAGGUUCACACAGAAAGAAGGGUACUUCAUGAGAUGGACGGGGUACCCUGUUGGUAUUAAGAUUGAUAAUGCGUAUUAUCUGUUUAACCAUCUCAAGUUCAAUGUUCUUGUCCAUAAGUAUGAGGAAACCGAUGUGGCUCGUGUAAUGGGGACCGGUGAAGGAGCAGAGGUGAUCCCAGUUGGCAAGGAAGGAUCUUCUGAGAAUCCUGGAUACAUGGUUGUUGGGUUUGAGGUGAUUCCUUGCAGUAUCAUGCACAAUGCCGAUUUGGCUAAAACCUUGAAGAUGUAUGACAAGUAUCCGUCCUCUAUCCGAUGCGAUCCAGCCACUGUGGCAAUGCCUAUCAAAGAGGGUCAGCCUGUUGUUUUCACUUACGAGGUCACCUUUGAGGAGAGUGACAUCAAGUGGCCAUCUAGAUGGGAUGCAUACUUAAAGAUGGAGGGUGCUAAAGUGCAUUGGUUCUCUAUCCUUAAUUCACUUAUGGUGAUCACUUUUCUUGCUGGUAUUGUUCUUGUGAUCUUUCUGAGAACUGUUAGGAGGGAUCUGACCCGUUAUGAGGACCUCGACAAAGAGGCCCAAGCACAGAUGAAUGAAGAGUUAUCUGGUUGGAAGCUUGUAGUGGGAGAUGUUUUCCGUGCUCCAUCUAAUCCUGCUUUGUUGUGUGUGAUGGUUGGGGAUGGGGUUCAGAUUCUUGGCAUGUCUGUUGUGACAAUUUUGUUUGCUGCACUAGGAUUCAUGUCACCAGCAUCUCGCGGAACUCUGAUCACAGGUAUGCUGUUUUUCUAUAUGAUACUUGGUAUUGCUGCUGGUUAUGUCUCAGUUCGGAUGUGGAGGACAAUUGGCUUUGGCGAUCAGAAAGGCUGGGUUUCGAUCGCAUGGAAGGCUGCAUGUUUCUUCCCAGGAAUUUCCUUUAUGAUCCUCACAACCUUGAACUUCCUUCUGUGGGGAAGUCACAGCACCGGAGCCAUUCCAUUUUCACUCUUUGUGAUACUAAUCUUGCUUUGGUUCUGCAUAUCUGUACCCCUUGCCCUUGUUGGUGGGUACUUUGGAGCAAAGGCACCCCACAUUGAAUAUCCAGUCCGAACCAACCAAAUUCCUCGUGAAAUUCCCCAGCAGAAGUACCCAUCAUGGCUGUUAGUUCUUGGUGCUGGCACCCUUCCAUUUGGCACCUUGUUCAUUGAGCUCUUUUUUAUCAUGUCCAGCAUUUGGAUGGGUCGAGUUUACUAUGUCUUCGGCUUUCUCUUUGUUGUUCUGAUCCUUCUUGUGGUGGUUUGUGCUGAGGUAUCUUUAGUUCUGACUUACAUGCACCUGUGUGUGGAGGAUUGGAAAUGGUGGUGGAAAUCUUUCUUUGCCUCCGGUUCUGUUGCCAUAUAUAUCUUUUUGUACUCCAUUAAUUAUCUUGUGUUUGAUCUCAAGAGUUUGAGUGGUCCUGUGUCUGCAACUCUUUACUUGGGAUACUCACUAUUCAUGGUUCUAGCAAUCAUGCUCUCUACAGGUACAAUUGGGUUCCUCUCUUCAUUCUGGUUCGUGCAUUACUUGUUCUCUUCAGUCAAGUUGGAUUGA